GAAUAGGAUUAGGAUCACAGUCUUGACUGAUUUGUUAUAUGGCAAUCAUCCAGUUACUCUGAGUAGUUUGAAAAAACUAAAAUUUCUUCUAAUGAAGGAAAAAAAUUGAUAUGUGUGAUUUUUUAUCGUGUACUGUUCUAUAAUUUUGUCAUUAAAUCAUUACUACAUUGAAUCCAUUGAUAUAUGAACAUUUUGAAAUUGAAAAGUUUUAAUCAUGGAUGUUUGAAAUCAUUGCAUAGUAACUAACGGUGUAAAUGUAGAAGUUUUAUAAUUCAUAUUAAUAUUCUCUAGUCAAGCAAAUAAUCGAAAACAAUAACCAUGAUUACUGAAGACAACGAGAUCGUAGAAGAUAAGGAGAGCAAUGCUUCUACUCCAAAAACUCCAAUGGAAGAUGUAUCGGGUCUUCGACAUCGUGUCCCCUGGAGGGAUCGAGAUUCAUUAGGCAGUGAUAUACCCGGCCUACAUGAAGUUAAAGAAUUAUUAGAAGAUGAUGAUGCCAGUUGCCUAGCAGAAGAAGAAGAUGGAGCUGGAUGUCCAUUACCUUCCACUCCAGAAGAUGAUCAUCUUCUUGACUGUGAAAUGACUGAAGUUCUAAAAGCUGGAGUUUUAAGUGAUGAAAUUGAUUUAGGUGCCUUGGCUCAUAAUGCUGCGGAGCAAGCUGAAGAAUUUGUACGCAAGUAUUGGUUACAGGUGUGGGAAGCAUCGUGGAAUCAAUGUCAUUUUCGUAAUUUACCAAGAUGGCUUCAAGACAAUGAUUUUCUUCAUGCAGGACAUCGACCGCCUUUGCCGUCCUUUUAUGCCUGUUUCAAGAGUAUUUUCCGCAUCCAUACCGAGACUGGAAAUAUUUGGACUCAUUUAUUAGGAUGCGUAGCGUUUAUUGGAAUAGCAAUAUUUUUCUUAACACGACCACCAAUGGAAAUACAUCUAGAAGAAAAGAUUGUUUUUGGAACAUUUUUUGCUGGAGCUAUUAUAUGUUUGGGCAUGUCUUUUGCUUUUCAUACAGUACACUGCCAUAGCGAAUGUGUUGGCAAACUGUUUUCAAAGCUCGACUAUUGUGGUAUAGCCAUGCUCAUCAUGGGCAGCUUUGUACCCUGGUUGUAUUAUGGAUUUUACUGCGAUUAUCAGCCAAAACUAAUUUAUCUAUCAGUCGUCGUUGUAUUGGGUAUUACUAGUAUCGUUGUAUCUUUGUGGGAAAGGUUCGGCGAGCCAAGCUAUAGGCCACUCCGAGCUGGUGUCUUCAUGGGUUUCGGUCUUAGCGGAGUCAUACCCGCUGUCCAUUACGCUAUUGCUGAAGGCUGGUUUAAAGCAAUAAGCCAAGCUUCGCUUGGUUGGUUAAUCUUAAUGGGUUGUUUGUACAUAUUAGGUGCUUUGUUUUAUGCAUUAAGAGUUCCUGAACGAUUUUUCCCUGGGAAAUUUGAUAUUUGGUUUCAGAGUCAUCAAAUUUUUCACGUGUUAGUAAUAGCAGCUGCAUUCGUACAUUAUCAUGGAAUAACGGAAAUGGCCAUGCACAGGAUGACUGUCGGGGAUUGUUCAAAUCCAGCGCAAGCCAUAGCUUUUUAAAUACUAAAACAAUGAGCGUAAGUUGGAGAAGUGGCUGUAGUUGAAAGGGAAACAAAAAGUGUAAAUCGAAUUAUUGAAUUGUUGAACUCCUUAUAUAUGUAUUAAAUUUGAAAAUUGCAAAAGAAUCUAAAGAUUUGCAUACAAAUCUUUCAAAUACUGUUUAUGUGAAUUUUCAGUGUAAAUCAUAAAAUCUUAUAUCUCAUUCACGUAAAAAGAAAUCACCAUUAUAUAGGCAAAGAUAUAUCAACCAAUUGUAAUACUAAUUUUAUAUAUAAACUAUUCUAGUUUCAAACAAUUGGUUUGUUAUCUAAAUUACACAUUUACAAAAAUUUUGAAAUUGUGAAAACUCACAAAUUUACCAUAAACAAUAAACUUUUUUAACAUACCAUAAGAUUGGUAUAGUUUUCAAUGUAUAAUCUCUGCAAGAAUAAUAAUUUGGCAAGUUUUAUAGAUCUUUCUUGCUUUUUGGAACGUCAUUGAUGAAAAAGACUGGCUACAUAGACAAAAAUAAGAUCUUUAUCAUAUACGCUUUAUACAACUAGACAAUGUUUUGAACAUUCUAUCAUAUGAAAGUAUAACAUUUUGACAGAUAAGUGAAUUUAUGUAACAAGUGAUGAUUCAUUAGUUGUAUAUUGCUAAAUUAUCCAUAAUUAAUUUUGUUUAGUCUAAAUUAUUUUGUUGCUGAAGGUCUACUUAUGAAUUACGUAUAUAAUUAUAUUAUCAAAUUAUUUUCAAAGUUAUAUCUUAUUAGUUAAAUUUAUAUUUAGCUUAAAUUAUUAGGGAUAUGGGGAUUAAAUAACUACAAGUAUUUAUGAUGAAUUGAAAAUGCUUUUUGUCAUUUAUUCAUAAAUGAUAGAGUGUUAUAUGAAUUAUGGCUCCUUCACCAUUGAAAAGUAUAUUUCAAUCGAACGUAAUUAAUUAAGUUUAUCUACUUUAAAGUCUACCGUUUCCGUUUAAAUAAGCUAUGGAAUUAAAAUAAAUUUAUGUUGUCAUGUAAUCAUUAUUUAGACUGACAAAUAAAAAAUCAUGACCUGAUACAAAUAUAAUAACUGAUAAGCAUCGAAAUAUUAAAUGUUUUUUAGAAGUUUAUAAUCUUCCGAGGAGCUAUUUUUCAUUAUCAACAAUUCUUUUAAAAUUUAACAAUGAGAUACAAUAUUUUAGGCAUUGAUUUUCUUUCACUAUGUAAUUAAGGGUAUGUAGAUGAAGUUGUUGAAAUUUUUACACAAAUAUAUAACAAAUGAAUAAAACUUAUUAAUAAAAAAUAAUAAUGUAAAUAUAAAAUUAACUCUUUUUAUUACGUACUAUGUCAUUAAAACUUCCUGUAUUUUGAGUUAAUCAAUAUUUGCCAUAAUUUAUUAGUAACUAAAUUUCUACAGGGGGAUUAAAAAUUUCUGACUUAACAUUCAUCGAGUGUUGGAUGAAGCUUUAAAAUGAUUCAUUAUUAAUAAAUAAUCUAGUUUUAAUGUACAAUAAUAUUAGC